ANAGAAUAAAUGGAAGUGCAAAGACUUGUUGUGAUACUUUUCAUGAUUUGGAUUAGUAUUAUUUGCCAAGGAAUUGCGCUUACGAAAGAACAAGAAGCAGACAGAAUAACUGCACUUCCCGGACAGCCGCCAGUGGAAUUCUCUCAAUUUUCGGGUUAUGUUUCGGUGAAUGAAAAAGACGGGCGUGCCCUUUUCUAUUGGCUCACUGAAGCUACCAACAAUGCUGACAAAAGGCCUCUUGUACUUUGGCUCAAUGGAGGACCUGGAUGUUCAUCAAUAGCAUAUGGAGCAUCUGAAGAGAUUGGACCAUUCAGAAUCAACAAAACUGCUUCUUCUCUUUAUCUCAACAAAUACUCCUGGAACAGAGUGGCAAAUAUCCUCUUUCUCGAGUCGCCAGCUGGUGUCGGUUUCUCUUACACAAACACAAGCUCUAAUCUUAAGGAUUCUGGGGACAAAAGGACAGCUCAAGAUGCGCUGAUUUUCUUGAUAAGAUGGAUGGAUAGAUUUCCACAAUACAAAUACAGAGACUUCUAUAUCUCAGGGGAGAGUUAUGCAGCAGGUCAUUAUGUUCCACAAUUAGCACGGGCAAUACACGACUACAACAACAAUUCCUCCAAACCAAUCAUCAAUCUCAAAGGAUUCAUCGUUGGGAAUGCAGUGACGGACAAUUACUAUGACAACAUUGGGACAGUAACAUACUGGUGGAGCCACGCCAUGAUAUCAGACAAAACUUACAAACUGAUCUUAAAAUCGUGCGAUUUCAGAUCACAAAACACGUCCGAGAAAUGCGAUAAUGCAGUGAGUUACGCGAUGAACCAUGAAUUCGGGGACAUUGAUGAAUACAGCAUUUAUACACCUGCAUGCAAAGCUGCAAACUCACAGAGAAAGCCAAAGUUCUCUCUAAGGCUUAAGAACAGCUUAAUCAGUCAACGCUUUUCUGGGUACGACCCUUGUACCGAAAACUAUGCCGAGAAAUACUACAAUAGGAUGGAUGUGCAGAAGGCCCUACAUGCAAAUUCUACAGGAAUCCCCUACAAAUGGACAGCUUGCAAUGAAGUACUUUUACGGAACUGGAAGGACAGUGAGAUAUCAAUGCUGCCGAGUUAUAGAAAAUUGAUAGCUGCAGGGCUCAGAAUAUGGAUGUUCAGUGGGGACACGGACUCAGUUGUUCCAGUAACUGCAACUAGGUUUGCACUAAGCCAUCUCAAUCUCAAGAUCAAAACUCCCUGGUAUCCUUGGUAUUCUCAUGGCCAGGUUGGAGGAAGAACUGAGAUAUAUGAAGGACUAACAUUUGCAACAGUGAGAGGAGCAGGACAUGAAGUUCCUCUGUUUCAGCCAAGAAGAGGUUUUGAGCUUUUCCAGGCAUUCUUGUCAGGGAAAAGCUUGCCAAAAUCUUGAAUAUUUUUUAGACAAUAAAUGAAACCAAAGACGUUGGGAAAACCUCCUCAACAUUCAUAGCCCAUUUAUCAAUGAUUUCAUAACAAUAUAAUAUAGCUGCUAGAUGAAGUAUUAAAAUAGGAUCACUCAAUCCCAAUUGUAUUUAAGUUACUUUUUUUUUUUUUUAAUUGUCAAGCUAUGUUGUAAUUCGUGUAAGUCAAAUGUUUUAUCAUCUUACUUUGUUCCUCAAAGUAAUUGUGUAUCCAAAUAUGUGGUUAAUUUAACUAAACAUUUGUGUGGUGUUUCAAUUGAUUGAGAUGUGAUUGCUUCAAUA